AUGGCAGAGAUGGAGGAGCAGCGCGAUAGCGAGCAAAUGAUCGUGGGCGACGGUGAGUCCGGCGGCGAUGCGAUGGCGGGAAUGCGACAUUGCGGUGACAACGAGGUAAUGGAAGAAAGCAAUAUUGUUGAUGAUUGUGGUUGGAAGCCGAAAGUGGGAAUGCUAUUUGACUCUGAACAAGCCGCAUAUGACUUUUACAAUACGUAUGGGGGAAAGUUGGGUUUUAGUAUUAGGAAGGCCUAUGCAAACAAGAACAAACAUACGAAGGAGAUAACAUCACGUACGUUUGUAUGUUACAAAGAGGGAAGUCGGGGUAUUGACAAACGAGAUCCACUUGUCAAAAAUCCAAGACAAGAGGUAAGAUGUGGUUGUGGUGCCCGAUUUAGUAUCAAGUUGGAUAGAAUUUCAGGAAAAUAUAUUGCUUGUGAUUUUGUUGAACAUCAUAAUCAUGAUCUUGUGCCUGAAGAUUGCAUUCAUAUGUUGCCAUCCCAAAGAAAAAUAUCUACCACCCAAGCAAUUGAAGUAGAAUUAGCUUCACAAUCUGGAAUUCCUCUUAGGUCGGUUUAUGAACUAUUUGGUAGGGAAUCUGAUGGAAGAGCAUCAUUUGGUUUCACCAAAUUGGACCAAAAAAAUUACCUACGAUCGAAGAGACAAAAAGAUUUGAAAUAUGGGAAAGCGGGUAGUGUGUUGCAUUACUUUCGUAAGAAAACUGUGGAAAAUUCAUCUUUUUUUUUUUAUGCAGUUCAAUUAGAUUGUGAUGAGCAGAUAAGUAAUAUAUUUUGGGCUGAUGCUCAAAUGAUCAUGGACUAUGCUCUGUUUGGUGAUGUAGUGACAUUUGACACUACUUACAAACUAAAUAACGAGCAUAGACCUUUUGGAUCAUUUGUUGGAUUUAAUCAUCAUUGA